AUUAGUGGUAGUUCAUGAUUUUCACUAUUGACAGGUGGUGGUGGUAGCUCAUCUACUCUGAGUGUAGUGAAAGAAGAAUAUUCAUCAUCUGAUAAGACACUAACACCAACUGAUGGUAGACCUGAUAAUGAUGAUACAAUCAAAUCAAGACGUGAUUUAAAAUCAAGAGAUAAUUUAAUCAAAUCAAGAUGUGAUUCAAGACAUGAUACAAUGAUUCCAUCAUAUUAUGAUGAGCUAGCUACUGCAAGCAAUAAUGAUGAAUACAUUACUUCUAACAUUGGUUCAAGGACUCCAUUUCCUUAUCAUCUACUAGCUGACACCUCAGGAUCAGGUCCUCGUAAAACAUCAGGUAUUGACAGUGGACAUGAAGGAGAGAGUGAGGAGAGUGAGAGCAGCAGUGAGGAGGAGGAGGAGAGAGAAGAACAAGAGGAGACAGAAGAACUAAGAUGGAAGAAAGGGAAACUACUAGGAAGAGGAGCUUAUGGAAAAGUUUAUGAAGGAUUGUUGGAUACUGCCAGGUUAAUAGCAGUGAAAGAAGUUGAACUGGAAGUUGAAGACAAUGAGAAAGCACUUGUUCAAUUCAAAAAGAUACAGUUAGAAGUUGACAUAUUGAGAAGUCUCUCACAUAAGAACAUUGUACAGUAUCUUGGGACAUCAAUUAAUGAAACUAUAGUCUAUAUAUUCAUGGAAUAUAUCACAGGAGGAUCACUCCAGAGUAUACUGAAAAGGUUUGGAUCCCUUAAUGAAAAGACUAUAGUUCGCUAUGUUAGACAAAUGGGGCGUGGCUUAAACUAUUUACAUAAUAAUGGAGUCAUACACAGAGACAUCAAAGGAGCCAAUGUGAUGGUAUCAGCUCACGGGACAGUCAAACUCAUUGACUUUGGGUGUGCCAAGAGACACUGUCUGGAUCAAAGUUUGGGGUUUCAUUCAGUGAGAGGUACUCCGUACUGGAUGGCACCUGAAGUUAUUUGUGGGCGUGGCUACGGCAGAAAAUCAGACAUUUGGAGUUUAGGAUGUACUAUGUAUGAAAUGAUAUUCACCAGACCCCCCUGGGGAGACUUACCCCCUGAGGCAGCAAUGUUUAAAAUAGGACUGGGUCAAUCACUACCUCCACUGCCUAAGAACAGCUCAAUGGAACUGAUAUCACUCUACACUGCCUGUCUGAAAAGUGACCCAGGUCAAAGGCCAACAGCUCAAGAAGUGCUUGAUCAUGCUUUUUUACAAAAAAAAUAAUUAAUAAUUAUAAUACAUUAAUAUAACAA